UUGGGUUUCAACCCGCCCAAUCAACCUGACCUCAAGGCGGAGACUCUCACAGUUUCGGUCUCGCAGGCACUGGGGGUGGGGUCUCCCCGAGAGAGCGCGCUGGCGUUGCGUCAUCACUGCGCGCCGCCUCGCGUUGCGUGCGCAGCUCCGCCCGAGCCUGAGAAGGCGGAGCUUCCUUCUGCGUAGAGCCUAGCGCGGUUUCCUCCUGCGCCUUGUGUGGCCGCUGUGGAUCCCAGGGAAGUGAGACGUCUAGAGUCUCUUUUCCCGGAGGAGGGCGUCUUCCUCGAGGGCUUCCGAGCGGAGACUCAGCCAUGCCGAACUCGAGGCCCAGACCCCGCCGCGGCGCCGGGGGUGGCUCAGGGGCGGCCGGCCGGGACCGGCUGGUGGCGCGGUCCUUGCAGAGCGCUGAGCACUGUCUGGGCGCCCAGGACUUCGGCACUGCCUAUGCCCAUUACCUCCUGGUGCUCAGCCUGGCGCCUGAGCUCAAAGACGACGUGAAGCAUGUUUGCUAAGAACGCUGGUGCGCACUCCGUGUACGCCUGCGAAGUGUCCAGGACCAUGUACAAGCUCGCCUGUGACAUCGUGGCUGCAAACAAGAUGGACACUGGGAUUCAGCUCCUCCAUAUGAAGUCACUUGAUAUAGAGAUUCCAAAACACAUUCCUGAAAGAGUGUCCCUAGUUGUAACAGAAACUGUCGAUGCAGGUGUGUUUGGAGAAGGAAUUGUGGAGAGUUUAAUUCAUGCAUGGGAGCAUUUACUUCUGCAACCAAAGACCAAAGGAGAAAAGGGAAAUUGUGGAGAGUAUGGGAAAGUUAUCCCAGCAAGUGCUGUUAUAUUUGGGAUGGCAGUAGAGUGUGCAGAGAUCCGAAGACAUCACAGGGUGGGCACUAAGGACAUUGCUGGUGUCCAUUUACCAGCAGAUGUGAAGUUUCAGAGCCCAGCCUACUCUGCUGUGGAUAGUGGAGAAGCAGCUGAACCGUACACAACGGAGAAGAUGAGUCGGGUCCCUGGAGGGUAUUUGCCUCUGACAGAGUGCUUUGAAAUUAUGAAAGUGGAUUUCAACAGUCUUCAGGAAUUAAAGGGUCUUGCAGCUAAAGAGCCGCAUCCUCUCAGCAUUCCUGCUGUUAAAGAAGGCCUGCUGGAUGCUGUUAUGGUUUGGUUUGUUCUCCAGCUGGAUGACGAACACAGUCUGUCCACAAGUCCUGCCGAGGAGACCUGUUGGGAACAGGCUGUUUAUCCAGUACAGGCCCUUGCAGACUACUGGAUAAAGCCUGGGGACCGUGUGACAAUGGAAGCAUCUUGUCAGGAUUGUUACCUGAGAAUCCAGAGCAUCAAUAUCUUGCAUUUGGAACACGCAAUGGAAGUUAUACACAAUUGUACCGAGAGUCGAGACUCCCUCUCUCGAGGGAAUGAGGCUGAGCUCUGCAGUGCUCUAGCUAACCUUCAGACCAGUAGAGCUGACGCUCUGGGGCAGACCUGUGUGUUAGAACCUACAGAGAUUGCUUUGCUCAAUAACCUUCCCUAUCAUGAAGGCUUUAAGAUGGCGAUGAGGAAGGUGUUGUCUUCACUGGCCCCAGAGAAGCUGUGCCAGCCCGUGGAUCCUCCCUGUCAGGAUACUGAGAUGAACUCUGCAAGUGGACAGAGCGCAGCUGCGCCGAGCACCUCUGACCCUUUCUAUGUGUUGGAUGUGUCUGAAGGCUUCUCUCUUUUGCCUGUAAUUGCUGGAACACUUGGUGAGGUUAAGCCCUACAGUUCUGUGGAGAAAGACCAGCAUUGUGUCACUUUGGACCUCAUAUCUGAAGCCAAUCACUUCCCUAAGGAAACACUUGAGUUUUGGCUGAGACAUAUAGAGGAUGAAGCUGCUGUGUUGCAAAGGCCCAAGUCAGACAAAUUGUGGAGCAUAAUUAUAUUAGAUGUCAUUGAGCCAUCUGGGCUCAUUCAGCAGGAAAUAAUGGAAAAAGCUGCAAUAUCCAGGUGUUUGUUGCAGUCUGGAGGCAAGAUCUUCCCCCAGUAUGUGCUAAUGUUCGGGAUGCUCGUGGAGUCUCAGACACUGGUAGAAGAGAGUGCUGUUCAAGGAACAGAGCAUACGCUCGGGUUAAACAUAGCGCCUUUUAUUAACCAGUUUCAGGUGCCUAUCCGUGUAUUUCUGGAUUUAUCUUCAUUACCAUGUAUCCCUUUAAGCCAGCCAGUGGAACUCUUAAGAUUAGAUCUGAUGACUCCGUAUUUGAACACUUCCAGUAGAGAAGUAAAGGUCCGCAUUUGUAGAUCUGGACGAGUGACUGCUGUCCCAUUUUGGUUUCAUUUGUGCCUUGAUGAUGAAGUCAGGUUGGACACCUCAGGCGAAGCCUCCCACUGGAAACAAGCUGCCGUGGUCCUGAAUAACCCCAUCCGGGUGCAAGUGGGGGAGGAGCUUGUGCUCAGUGUUGAGCAUCACAAAAGCAAUGUCAGCAUCACAGUGAAGCAGUGAGCGAGACUCUAAUCGUAAAACGAGUGUGUAAAAUCCUUGUCAUGGUCAAGAAUGGUUAAGGGUGGCUUAAGUAACCAUGGUUAAUAAAGCACAUGGUGACAGCCUUAAA